AUGGGUGAAGCUGAAAAUUUAUAUCAAAUGGAAGAACAACUGCGUAAACUUGAAGAUGCCAAAUAUGAGCUCGAAAAUGGUAUUCGUCUAGCAAAAGAAGAAGAGCAAGCUUUAUGUACUUAUUUAGACAAAUUGAAGCACAACACAAAUGAAAAUAAAAAUGAAUUGCGUCGACUUAACGAAGAACUCGAGAAGCUCAAUCACGAAGUAAAACGACUCGAACAAGAACUUGAAAUAUUACGUGAUGAGAAACAGAGACUAGAUGAUUAUCGGCGACAAAGUCAACAUGAACAAGUUCGAUUCAACGAAGAAAUACACAUGCAUGAAGAACGAUUCAAAGAGUUACAAGAAAAAGUGAAGGAACUCGAGGAACAAAAAAUUCAUUUAGAACAACAACAUGAUCAAUUCGAUCAACAACGUCAACUAAUUGAACAAAAGUUACGAGAAGUUGCUCAGCAGAUUCAACAAAUCGAACAUCAGUUGAAAGAGCUCCAAAUGCGUUCAAUUCAGCUACAAGAAAAAGCUCAUCAGCUUGAAUUUGAUAUCAAACAGAAGCAACAUAAAAUGCAUCAGCUUGAACAAGAAAUAGACACAUUUGAUCAACAACGUGUUGAUCUUAAACAAAAAAUGCGUGAUAAUGGAUCAAUUAGUGAUCGCCUUCGACAAGAAACGAACAAAAUUGAAAAUAGUAUUCGACGAAUCGAUGAAAUCACUGAUAUGAAAUGCAAUCGACAGAAAGAAUUCGAACAGUUCACGAGAAAACUGCAUGCAGAAGCUAAAGAAGCUAAAGAGCGAGUAGUUCAAGCCACACACGAGGUCAACGCUGCUGAACAAAGAAUCAAAUCACUUAAAAUGAGGGUCGACCAUCUCCAAAGCGAACUGAAAACUUUGCAAGACAUACUCGUUGAAGGAGAACAACUCGCACAUGACCUUCUGGAGAAACGAUAUAUGCUUGAGAUUGAUAUCGAACUGCAAAAUCAGAAACGAAAGCAGUUGGGUCAAGAAAAACAAAAUACGAACAAUUUUGAUCGUACAAAUAUCAAAUUGAGUCAAGAUGAGCAAGCAAGAGAUACACUUGUUCAACGGGUAUCCAUCCUUCAAAAUCAAUUAGAAAAAUUCGAAGGAAUUCUUCGUCAUCUGACCAACGAAAGAGACGCAUGUGCAGCAGAAUUAGAACGUCAAAAGCUAAUACAACAACAAUUCGAAGAAAAGCUAUGUGUUGAGGUACAAAGACAAUGUCAACUCGAAGAGACAAUCAAUCAGGAAGAAGAGCAAAUGCGAAUGACUGCGCACACAUUGGAUGAAAGUGAAAUUCGAGUGGAAGUAGCUCGGACCGCCGAACAACAUGCUCGAUCCGAUGAAGUUCUGGCACAAACCGAUUAUAGCGCUGCUCAAAUGGCAUUGGUUCAAGCCCAACAUCACUUAGCAACUGCAUCGACUGAAUCAGCCGAGUGUAUUGAGGCCGCAAUCAUGCAAUGCCAGUCCAAACUUACCCAAUGCCAAGCUGUCCUCACACAACGUACUGAAAUUCAUCAGCUCAAAAGACAAGAACGCACUGCUGCCGAAGCAGAAAUUAGUCAGCGUCGAGCACAACUUCAACAAGCUAAAACUACUCUACAGACGAAACAAGCACAGCUCAAAAAUCAAGAGCAAGAAGUUUCUAUCAGAGAAGACAAAGUUGAAAUACAAAAAGCAACCAUCAAUGCAACUGUGAUUCAAGUCAAGAAUACACUGACAAAAAUGAUAAACCAUUGUCAGCAUAUCGAUCUACCAGUAAUAGACGAAAAUCAUAUGGUACAAAAGACAUACUCACAAAUGGAAAAGCAAAAUCAAACAAUCAACGAUGAUGCUCAACAACUGGAACAAUUAAUCUCAAGUUUUACACAGAAGACUCAACAGAUCGACCUUCGAUUAUACCGAUUAAAACAGAAAACACAUUAUGUGGACCAGCAGUACACAAAUCAAUUGGCCGAAAAUCAACGUGCUAAGACAAAUGAAAUCUCUAAACUGGCUGAACAACAACAAAAUCAACAAUAUAUCGAAAUAGAACGAGACUUUAUUGGCGAAAAAACUAUUCAAAUUCUUCAAGCACAAAAACAAUUUCAAAAUGCCAAUGCCAACAUCAACAAUGUCACUAAAUCGAUACAAGAGUUGGAAAAUGAGCAGAUGGAUCAACAACGAUUGUUAAGAGAAACUCAGCAGCAACAACAGAAGAUCGAAAGAGAACAUGCUCAAAUUGAAGCGAAACUAGCAUCGCAAGAGCAGGCAAAGCAAAAAUGUGACGAUCAUAUUUGUCGUCUUACUCAUGACAUUGAACAGCAACGAAUUACUCACAACGAGAAAGAACAGGAUUUCAUCGCCCUGCAAUCACAAAUCUAUGUCAAACAACAGACGUUGGUAAUGUACCAACAGCAUCGGACAGAGUGCGAACAAGAGUUGGCUACUAUCCAAAUGGCAUUGGUAGAUUCUCGACGUCAGAUUAUCGAAAUUGAUGAAAAUAAGCGAACACUCGAACGCGACAUAGAACAACAGACAAUACUUAAACAGAAGAGCGAAGAACUCGUGCUAAAAAGUACAAGCGAACUGGAUACUCUCAAAGGUCAAUUGGAGCGAAUAACACGAAAAUAUAUUGAGAAACAGCGAGUGUACGAUCGGACAAAGAAUACUCCGCAAAUUUUAGUUACCCAGGUAGAUCGUCGUCGAGCGGCCCAGGCUGAUAUCGAUCAAAAAUUCGCUCAGGCGCAAAGUGAAGUUUGCGCAAGUCGCGAAAAAAUUGCACGUCUCGGAUCCGCAAUCGCCGAAAUGAACAGAAAUAUCAGAACUAAACGGGCAAUUUGCACUACAAUAUCAUACCCGAACACACAUUUCCACCAGGAUAUAAACGACGAAGAAGAAGAUCAUCAACAUCUUCAUCGGAGAACAAAAUAAUUGUCGAUAUCAUCAACAUAUGUAAGUAAUUGACGCAAAUCAAUUCACUGUUUCGAAGAAAUGUUUUUUUAUUUAGCACAAGUGAUCCUGCUCGAUUGGACAAAAUUCUUCUUUCAUCAAAAUCCUUCUAUCUGCUUAACAUCUUUGUUGUGCUUCUAAUCGAGAUUGUUUUUUCUAUUCAUCGAACAAUCAUUAGGGAGAGUCCCAUUCCCCAUAUCAUGGAUAAAAUUUUGCGAGUAGAAAGAGCAUGUUUUAGUCUAUCAACAGUGAAAAUUUUAGAAUUUUUUGUGACUCUUCCGACGAGUUUUCGUUGGUUCUUUCCAGCCCAGUCAGACAAACGACAAAAAAUAACGCGUUAUAAUGCGUCGACAUUUUAACGAAAAUUAACUCGUAAAAACCGCACAUUUCUAAGAUUUUAUUUUCGUUAAAGGUCUUUAACGCGUUUUUACUUCGUUCAAAAACCUAACUCGUUAUGAACGCGUAGAAAUGUGCGCUUUUUACGAUCUUAUUUUCGUUCAAAAUGCUGAACCCGUUUUUACGGGUGUGGGUGUGGGUGUGGGUGUGUGGGGUGUGGGUGUGGGGGUGGAGGGGGGGUGUGGGUGUGGGUGUGGGGGGGGGGGUGGGUGGGGGG